UAAGAUGGCGGCGGUUGGCGCUAGCGGCCCUCAGCAGCAGCAACCCCAGGCGCAGCCGCAGCCCCAGCCUUCUCAGCAGCCGCCGCAGUACACGGACGCCUGGUACCUGGCGCUGCUGGGCUUCGCCGAGAACUUCCGCACGGCCAGCCCGCCCAAGAUCAAGCUGUGCGUGCACUGCCUGCAGGCCAUCUUCCAGUUCAAGCCGUCGCAGCGCAUCGAGGCCCGCACCCACCUUCAGCUCGGCAGCGUCCUGUACCACCACACCAAGAACACGGAGCAGGCCCGCUCGCACCUCGAGAAGGCGUGGUUAAUAUCCCAGCAAAUUCCACAGUUUGAAGAUAUCAAAUUUGAAGCAGCCAGCCUUCUCUCAGAGUUAUAUUGCCACCAGAAUCUGGUAGAUUCAGCAAAACCACUUUUACGGAAAGCAAUCCAGAUCUCUCAGCAGACACCUUACUGGCAUUGUCGACUGCUCUUUCAGCUUGCACAACUGCACACGUUAGAGAAAGAUUUGGUAUCAGCAUGUGAUCUCUUAGGAGUUGGAGCUGAGUAUGCAAGAGUAGUGGGAUCAGAAUAUACAAGAGCACUCUUCCUCUUAAGUAAAGGCAUGCUGCUGUUAAUGGAACGGAAACUGCAAGAAGUUCAUCCUCUGCUGACUCUGUGUGGCCAGAUCGUGGAGAACUGGCAGGGUAAUCCCAUACAGAAGGAGUCUCUGCGUGUCUUCUUUCUGGUACUACAAGUCACACACUACCUGGACGCAGGGCAGGUCAAAAGCGUGAAGCCCUGUUUGAAGCAGCUGCAGCAGUGUAUUCAAACCAUCUCCACGCUACACGACGACGAGAUCUUGCCCAGUAAUCCCGCAGACCUCUUUCACUGGCUACCCAAGGAGCAUAUGUGUGUCCUGGUUUACUUGGUGACUGUGAUGCACUCCAUGCAAGCUGGAUACUUGGAGAAAGCCCAGAAGUACACAGAUAAAGCACUCAUGCAGUUAGAAAAGUUAAAAAUGCUGGACUGCAGCCCAAUCCUCUCCUCAUUUCAAGUCAUGUUACUGGAGCAUAUCAUCAUGUGUCGACUUGUAACGGGUCACAAAGCCACGGCUCUCCAAGAGAUUUCUCAGGUCUGCCAACUGUGUCAACAGUCUCCCAGGUUAUUUUCCAACCAUGCUGCCCAGCUACACACACUACUGGGUUUGUAUUGCAUCUCCAUAAACUGCAUGGACAAUGCUGAGGCACAGUUCACAACAGCACUUCGGCUGACCACACAUCAGGAAUUGUGGGCAUUCAUAGUCACAAACCUGGCCAGUGUCUACAUUAGAGAGGGCAACCGACAUCAGGAGCUGUACAGUCUGCUGGAAAGAAUAAACCCAGAUCACAACUUCCCAGUCAGUUCUCACUGUCUCCGAGCAGCUGCCUUCUACAUCCGGGGCCUCCUGUCCUUCUUUCAAGGAAGGUACAAUGAAGCAAAGAGAUUUCUACGGGAGACUCUAAAAAUGUCGAAUGCAGAGGAUUUGAAUCGCUUGACAGCUUGUUCCUUGGUGUUACUGGGUCACAUAUUCUAUGCCCUAGGAAACCACAGGGAGAGCAAUAACAUGGUGGUACCAGCCAUGCAGCUGGCCAGCAAGAUCCCAGACAUGUCAGUCCAGCUGUGGUCAUCAGCAUUGCUACGGGAUCUUAACAAGGCAUGUGGCAACUCCAUGGAGGCUCAUGAAGCAGCUCAGAUGCAUCAGAACUUUUCCCAACAGCUUCUCAAUGACCAUAUAGAAGCCUGCAGCCUCCCCGAACACAAUCUGAUCAACUGGACUGACGGGCCUCUUCCUGUGCAGUUUCAAGCCCAGAACGGACCCACCACCAGCCUCGCAAGUCUGCUAUGAACAGAACCGAAGGUUUAAAAUCUGUGGAACCCAUCGUCCCUCAAACCAGGCAACAUAUGAAACAGGAUUUAUAAAUUGGCUUCCUAGUCAUUGCCAGGCAGACGGCAAGUGUGUCUGCCUGCAAUGCUGCGGGUACUGUCCACACCUUUACCUGCUUCCCUCUGGAGUUCAGCCUAUCCCUGUGUUGAGGACUUUGAUGCAAAAAAAAACUGGUUUGGUUUGAGUGUGGGAAUCAUUAUUAUACCUUCUCAUCCCAAGCGUGUUUGUUGUUUGCUCAGUUUCCUGGUCUCUCAGCUGGCCUGUUUCUAAGCAACAUGUAAUUUUGUUUUUCCCCCGGUGAGGGACUGCAUGGGCCCAACCCUCUCCCAUGUCAUAUUCUCCCUACACACCCCUCUUACUACUUGGCAUUGAAUGUUUGCAUAGCAUCGUCACAAUUGAUGCCCAGUCACUGGUUGCUGUGGGAACUAGCCCAUCUCUGAAAGCGGUGCUCACUGUUUGUUCUGAUAAAGUGGCCGAACCUUCUGCAUAGGGAGCCGUCAGAAGCUUGCAAUUGAUCCCACUGCACUUUGAGCUUGUGCCCACAUUUAACGUGGUGGAUGGCAGGCACGGUUUGAUGUGGACCUGAAGCUGUUUCCAUCAAGCCCAGUGUUUGAGGCUGUUUGAUCAGGAAUCUCAAAUCGACCUGUGUUGUUCUGAGUUGUGCAGCUGUAGCUAGCUCUCUCGCUCUGCUCUCCGGUCUGAAACAUGGGCUCCUUUCUCUCUCCAUCACCCCAAAAUCCACACAUUCCCUCCUUCCAUCACUCACCUACCCCUCCCCCCUUCAGUGCAACUGAUGGUCCUGCCACUAAUGGAUCAUAGAAUCAUCAAGCAGAAGAUGUUUGACCCAGUGAGUUAUUUCUAUUUAUUUCUGUGCUUUUAUCUAAUAGAGAAAUAGUUUAUUUAUAAACUGAGAGCUGUGGUCAGCAGUCAUGUAGAAGGGAGAUCGCCUUGAGGCUGCUUCUCUUGUGGCGCUCUCCUCCCUCCCCCUCUCUCUAUCCCCUCCCACUUCUCAUUCAUUCCAACUGCAGUUGCACUGUGCCAGCAGCUGUGGCUGUUUAAUGAGCGACACAAGUGGUAAUUACAGCUAAAUGCAAAACAAAGACUUUUUAAUUUUCUCCAUUCAAAAAAAAAAAUUGCUUUUAAUCCAGAUUUCUUGAUCUGAAGUUGGUACCUGCCCAAAAGUUGGUGUUGCAGCUCUGAGAUACAAACAGUGUAGGUCCCUGAUUCAGUCUGAUCACAUUGGCUGACUGUGGCUGACACAUUGUGCCAAUGCCUCGGCCUGAGUGAGAGGAAGGAAGUCAGCUCCUGGUACCUGACUGUGACCCCAGCUGGAAGGUGUAUGUCUGUUUAUACUUGGUACUGAUUCAACUCCUCCAUCAAUUAAAUGCAGUUACCUUGUAACUCAAUCCGAAAAUUAAUCUCCAUUUUGCGUGUGCUGCCUUCACACUCCCACUUUCCACCAAUCAUGGUGAGUUGCCGUCUGGAGCUAUCAUUUGAAAUAAAAACGAAGUGUUGAAAAUACUCAACUAGUCUGGCAGCUUUCUACAGAGAAAGAAACAGAAGUAACUCUUCAGAUCAAUGACCCUUAACUCUGUUUCCUUCUCCACAGAUGCUGCCUGAUGUGAGUGUUUCCAACACUGUUUUUAUUUCAGAUUUCCAGUAACUGCAGUCUUUUGACUUUGGAGCUAAAGUUUAUGUGAUUUAAAGGAGGCACAAAUCAACCAGGAGAUUUUCUAAUUAGAAAUAGGCAGGGGACAGGCAUGUGUGCACGUUUGCAUCUAUCUGGGUGGGUGGCUGUGCAAGGUGGUGGUUUGGUGGCUGUGUAUGUCUGUGGCUGGUUGGCUGAAUGAGUGGAUGAGUGCCGUGAUACUUGCCCUUCAAGCAUCCGUAGUUCAUGUAACCUGUCAAAGUGCUCAUUCAUGAUCACCUGGCCAAGCUGACACUGAAUGACUUGUGCAGGGAGCAGACCCCCUACAAAGGCUAGCACUGUUGCAGAGGGUGGGAAAUUAGCAACAAAACCAACUGACUGAAUGGGGUCUCUGGAAUUUCCCUUUCCUUAAAUGGCCAGGCAGGAGUAAGCAAGCUGCAAGCAGAAUCCAGCCAACUCAUUGUGGAUUCCUUUGGGUUCCUGUCCAGUAUAGUUAAGGAGGGAUGGGGUUGGGGAGGGGUGGUGUGGAGGAGAAACAGAUAUUGUAGCUGUGAAGGGAUUGCAUUGGGUGGCUGGAUGCAGCGGUGAGCUGGCUGGGCUGGUUGGAAAGACCAAGAGGGCAAGAACUUGUAAUGGGCUCUGUGUUCCUGAUGUUUGCACUCAUUCUGAUGUACUGCCUGCUUUGGUGUGAGAGAUCUGGCUGCACCUGAAAUACCAAUGUGCCUUCGUACAGGGGAAAAAAUUGCAAUGAACUGCAAGGGGUUUUUGUUUUAAUAACUGGCUGGUAGAAAUUGGAAAUGGAAGCUAACAGUAGAAAACUGGUGUUUCAUCAUUGGAAAGAACAAAGAUUAACCUUUGGGGUGAGAUUAGGUGUCACCCCGUCAGACUGUGACCAGCAUUUUUGCUUUAUUUCAAAUGAUUUGCUGUCUUUCGAGCAAGAAGACGGCAAUUAGGCAAGGUUGAAGGAGGACGGGUUGUGGGGAGAGAACAGUUGGUCAGUGGGUUCAAGGGAUGCCAUUUCUUCCAAACAUGUUCUGCUAAGUAAAUAACUCUGACCCUCACUGAUAAAAUCUAGCUUAAAAUCUCAGUUUUAAUAUAAAACCCAAUUCUUCUUGGGCUCCUGUCAGCUGUGUGUCUAUGAAUUUGGUUUGUGCCUCUAAAAUGAGAAGCAUUUCCCAAAAUUAGCUGGCUUUCUCUCCAAUACGAUGCUGCACACGCUUCCUCUCAGUCCCAGACCAUCUGAAGAAGUUUCAUAAUAAGUACACCUUUCUUGCUGCCGUCACACAUCGUAUUGAUGUAGCAGCUUUAUGGAUCUCAGAGGGCUGCAGGGCUGGAGCACGUUAGAGGUUGGGGUAAACCAAGGCUUUGUUUAACUCCGAGCCAUUGUCGGCAUGGGCUGAUGGAUAAAGGGAUUUGAUGAGAGUUAGGACACACGAUGAAUGAGCUUAUUUGUAGAGGAUCAAAAGAGGGAGGCCAAAUAGGAGUCUCGACCAAUUGACAUUGAACUCAGAUCCUGGUGUGAAUCUGGGAGCUAGGUAAACCGUUUUGAGGCUGUCUGUAGCUAUGGUUUUAUUAAGAAAUCCUAAAAUAGUACAGUAGAAUAUGAUUUUAAAGAACUCUUGCUCUCUUUCCCCCCCCCCCCCCCCCCCCCCCCCCCCCCAUGGGAAGAUCUAGAAGAUCCAGUCAGCUGUCACACGGGGGCGGGUGGGGGGGGGUGAGGUGGGGGUGGAUUUGGUACCCACUCCAUCACCGUGACUGACCCGGGAACUCGUGGUGCAGGAAACGACCACAAUCUGACAACACUGCUACAAGUUGAAUUUAAAAUGUACAGGGAAGGGCAACAGUCAACAAGAAGCCUUACUUCAGAUAUCAGUGUGUUGCCAGCAAAUCUGAAGGUACAUAUGGGUGACAAGUGCAUCUUCUGUUUUCACUGAUUAGCCAGAAGGGUUAAUGUUCCAAGUCUGGGGAACUCGUCACCAAUGGUGCUACAGAUAGGGCCCAGCAUUCGAGUACGUUGAGACACCUUGCAGGAAUUUAAAGUGUGAGUGACCACCACACCUGUUGCAACUUUGCCCCAUGUAGAUCACUUUCUGGGCCACUGCAUUCCUCAAAUCAAAUUUAAAGAAACGUGUUUAAAGACAAAUUGCUCUCGAACACCCUCAGCUUUGCACCAAAUUCAUCUCUACUCCUUUAGUCCUCAUGGUCUGAUUGCCCUCUGCCCUCAGCCCUGCAGCCUGCUUAUCCCCAGCCGGCACUAGUUUACUAGGGCCAUGGUGUUAACGCUAACAAUAUUUUGUACAGCUUGUGUUUCUUUAAUCAAAUGUUUGUAUAUUUUAUUCAUUAAGGCAAUUCUGAUGAAACCCCUACAUACGUUUCCUUUUCCCUCACACCCUCAACUUAGUAAUGUUUUCUGUCUGUACAAGGUUCAUGUGGACAUAGCGGUGUACAUAGAUGUGGAGAAUGUGUACAGUGUAGUAACCAACCUGCAGCUUACCUGACCUACAAUCUUUGUUUGUGUGUAUGAAGACUGAAAAAAGUUCUAGACAGCAAGAAUGACAGUAUGUCAGCUGCAAGGCAAAUGCAGACUAACGUUUGUGGUUAUUUUCAUCUUCCCUCCCCUGCUGCCCUGUGCUCCUGGUUCUAUUCCUGAUGAUGUGAGGAAUGUCUGUACUACAGUCCCCACACUAUCAUUCCCAGAUCCACAGCCUCCAGCCCUGCCUGUGUGCUCUGUUACACCCAUAUUUUGUUUCAAGUGACUUGAGGAGGGAUGUAACCUCCAUUACCUAUUAUCUGCAAGCUCUUUCCUGUCCACAGUAUCGUGUCCAAUAUGGAACUGUGUGGGGCCAGCUCACCAAGUUUUGUGUUCUACCCCUCCACUAUGGAGUGAGUUGAGCUCCUCGCCCAUGGGUUAGAAAAAUAGGGGUGAGGAUCCAUCAGGUUUCCCAGCCAUGAUCACAGCCCAGCUAACCAUGUGAUCACCCAUCAGGCCCCCAGAGUAGACCCGCUGUAAGCUGUACAAGAAUCGGCCCUUGGAAGAGAUUGGAGAAUGGUCUGUGGACUCACAAAUGAUCUGGGUCUGUUCAACACCCUGACCAAAAUGGGAAUUUAUUAAAACGACAAGCUCGCGUCUGGUGAGCCUUGCUGUGUGUUGGGGCAGGACUUGUCCAUGUGCGUGUGAUCCCAUUGCGAGGUGUUCUGCAUUCGUAGCCAGUACUGUCAGGACUGUCGGCGUACACUGACAAUGCUCACAUACAGAUCUUGCUGUUAUCUGUUCACUGGAACCAUUUCUACAUUUGAUCAGUGCAUGGUCUCAAUGUUUAAAUAUUUCCUCUCUCCUCCCCACCAACCCACAACAACAGUAUGGAAGGAGGUUGUAAAAAUGAAGCAACAAUCUAGUUUUGUUUUUGUUUCUCUGUGAAAAGCCACAUCUAUGAGGACAAAUGCUGGAGUCCAAUCAGUUGUAGGCAAAGUUACUGGUCACUGAGGUGUUGUAGGUUGUUCGCUGCCUCCCUGUCAGAUCCGACAGCAGCUUCUGUGUAACCUGAUGCUGUGCUCCUUCACUCAGUGCUCCUGCCCUUAUCGUGAUACCUAGUCCCAGGAUGGACACCUGCACUCUGCAAAGCUGAUAGGCAGGCCACUGUUCCAGCCUCAAUCCGUGGGCCAGGGAGAAGGUUCGCUUGGACCCCUUCCUCCUAGCUGCCGACUGUGUAUGUAUUUGCAGUGUUGAACAGUAGAGCUGAGCUCGUGGGCAUGAAGUAUCCAUGGGAAGAGUUUGAAUAUUUUAUAUAUAUUUCUGUAGGUUAGAUAAAGGAUGUUUUUAUAUAAUCAGAUGGCUGAUAUUUCUUAUGAUUUAAACACCAUUUUUCCCUAUGAUGAUGGCAUUUAUACUACCCGCACUUGUCUAAAUGGGCCAUCACCCGUUUGUGUCGGUGUGACUACAGUCAGGACACAGCGGAUGGGUGCUCCUACACUACAUGGUCUGAAUGUCAUAUGAAGGAUCCCCUGGCAUGGGAACAGUCUGAGUAGCACACCCCUACCCUCAGCCCUUUCCCAGAUCAAGAGUCACCACCUCACUGUUCACUGACCAUGAGCUCACCCCUGAGACACAACUUGUGGGAAGGGCAAUGUGCGAUUAGAUCUCAGCUAGGUGCAUGUGGAUCCAGAGGACAGGGUGAGGUGGUGGGGAGGUGUGACCGAGCCUUAGUGGUGGAUUUUGGCUGUGGAGCAGCACUGACUUGUGGUUUCAUGCAUCAUUAAUGACACUUUAAACAAGGCGGAAGAGGAGCAGUUUUAUCACCACCCCUGCAGUGAUUCAGAACCUGGUGCACACACACACACACACACACACCGUUCUCUUCAGGCCUUUCUCUGUUUCUGACUGUCUGCCUCUUUCCCUCCUCCCUUCCGCAUUAUACCUCCUGUGACCACGGUGAAUAUCCCAGUGGUCUUGGUACUAGAGUCUGGGAAAGUUCCUGGGUUGCCUUUGGUCUGUGCAGAAGCACUGCAGUCAGUCUUGGUGCUCCCAACUCCGGGACGGCUGAUACCACCCAGGGCUUUGGGCCCUGCCUCUUGGGUGUGUGUGUGUGGUGAGGACAGAGCUAACUAGCCCUGUCUCCAGAUGGUCACUUACUGUCCAUACCCAGUGCAUGAGGAACUACUGCAUCGAGGGUGGGUCCUCCUGCAAUGAGGGACUCUACAUCUGGCUGUUCCCUGAUUGUAACAUCAUCUCUUGGCCCAAACAAUGGGUGGUGGGAAAUCAGUGGAAGAUUUUGUGCUCUGUGCCUGCGAGGAGACAGGGACUUGUCUAGCACAGGCAACGGUAAACUGGACACAAUAAUACACCUGAUAAUUUCUGAAUUCAAUCACCUUGCAUUGUAUGCUGCACAAUUAAUAUUUACAGCACCAUGCAAAGUCAACUGGGCAGUAACUUGUACACUUUACAACCUGCAUCCCUGAAGUAUGUACAUCAGAAUUGAUUAGGUAUCAUAUUAAUUUUUUUUUUUGCAGCUCUUCUGUUUAGUUUCUGUACAGACAAUUCAAAGUGUUCUUAGACUGAGACAAUGUUUUAAUACCUACCUACAUCAUGUAUCUGGUGAACCAGUUUCUGUGUAAUUAUGUCCCCUUGAGAAUCAUUGUUAUGGCAGGUUUGUUAACACAUAAUUUGUGUUUUAGCAUCACUGAACCUUUACGAUAGUUUAUAGAUGUCUAGAUGUUUUGAGAUGUAAAGGAUUCCCUACUUCAGUGACAAUGCCACUGUGAAGUAGGGAUAGAUUGGUUUGUAAAUAUGAAUCUAUGUAAACAGAACCUGCCUGUCGCUGUGUUUUUAGCUUUCUAUUACAUUUGGAUUAACUUUUUUUGUUUUUUAUUCUAUAUAUCAGGGAAUUUUUAAAAUAAAUUCAUAAAUCUAAA